AUGUACCAGUGCCCCUACUGCAAGUUCAGCAACACAGAUCUGAACCGGCUCAGAAUGCACGUGAUGACGCAGCACUCAGUGCAGCCCAUGUUCCGCUGCCCGCUGUGCCAGGACAUGCUCAACAACAAGGUCCACCUGCAGUUCCAUCUCACUCACCUCCACAGCGUGGCACCAGACUGCGUCGAGAAGCUAAUUGCCACAGUGGCAGCAUCAGAAGUACUGCCAGCUAGCAUGUUCAUACCAGUCCCUGGACCAGAGAUAGAUACUCAAACCGCACCUCAGUCCAUGGUCAACUCAAACUCUGAUGACAUUAAGAAACAAACAGAGGUGGCAGAUGUUGAGCCUGAAAAAGGAGUUUGUCUGGCCUCAGACACUGUUGAAGCUCACAAGUCUCCUCUUGAGGAACAGCAGCCUGCAAGAGAUGAUUCCACCGGUUUCCUUUGCUGGAAAAAGGGCUGUAAUAAAGUGUUUAAAUCCUCCAAUGCCCUUCAGAUGCACUUCAAUGAGGUCCACAAUAAAAGGCCCCAACUGCCUGUCUCUGAUCGUCAUGUCUACAAAUAUCGCUGCAACCAGUGUAGUUUGGCAUUCAAGACAAUAGAGAAACUUCAGCUGCAUUCCCAAUACCAUGUAAUCAGAGCAGCCACAAUGUGUUGUUUAUGCCAGCGUAGCUUCAGGACCCUACAGGCACUUAAGAAGCAUCUGGAGACCAAUCACCUGGAGUUGAGUGAAGCUGACAUCCAGCAGCUCUAUGGAGGUUUAUUGAUGAAUGGAGACCUAAUGAUUAUGGGUGAUCCCUCACUUGGAGAGGACCAGGGAGCUCUUCUUGAUGAUGAGAAAGAGGGAGACGAAAGUGACCCAGAGGAAAAGCAAAGCCCAACUGGCAGUGACUCUGGAUCUUUGCAAGAAGAUUCUGGAUCUGAACCCAAACGAGCCCUGCCAUUUAGGAAAGGCCCCAACUUUACUAUGGAGAAGUUUCUAGAUCCAUCCCGUCCUUUCAAGUGUACAGUCUGCAAAGAGUCAUUUACCCAAAAGAAUAUUCUUCUUGUACACUACAACUCUGUGUCUCACUUACACAAAGUCAAAAGAGCCCUACAGGAAUCCACCACCGGUCAGCCAGAGCCUACAAGCAGCCCUGAUAAUAAACCCUUCAAGUGCAGCACUUGCAAUGUAGCAUACAGCCAGAGCUCUACACUGGAGAUUCACAUGCGCUCUGUUCUUCAUCAAACCAAGGCCAGGGCAGCAAAGCUUGAAGCAGCUGGCGGCACAUCUAGUGCUGUUAGCAGCAGUGGCCCAAGCGGAAGCACUUCCAAUAGCACUUCAACCCCAAGCCCUAUUCCAGCCACUAACUCAACAACCAGCUCCAGCAACAGAAGCAGCUCUCCAGCUGGAGCUCAGACAUCACAGAGCAUCAUGGGAGGUAAUCAUCUGUCAAGUCAUUCUCACAAUGUUGAGAAUUUGGGUAACUCAGCCUGUCAUCCCUCUCCUUCUGAGAAUCAUGAAGUGAAAAAGAAGAAAUUUGCAGAUAUGCUAUCUUCGAGGGGUCAUCAGCAACAACUCCAGCAACAGCAGCAGCAGUUGGCCCAGGCUCAAGCACAGGCACAGGCUCAGCUCCAACAAGAGUUCCAGCAGGCUGCUCUCUUUCAGUCCCAGCUUUUUAACCCUCUUUUCCAGCACUUCCCUAUGGCAACAGAAGCUCUUCUCUCUCUUCAGCAACAGCAGCUGCUCUUUCCGUUUUACAUUCCUGGGGCAGAAUUUCAACUGAAUCCAGAAAUGAACCCGAGUACCUCUUCAUUGAACUUGAGCGGAUCUACUGCUUCACUAUUGGAAGAACAGAAAAACUCUGCCCAGCAGGCCCAGCAGAGCUGCUUACAACAACAGCUUAUGCACCACCACCUUCAGCAACAGCACCAAGCUCAUUCCCACUCCCAAGUAUCAAGCCAAAUGGCUUUACUUCAGCAGAGUGCCCUUUCUCACCCUGUAGACAAAAAGCCAAAGCGAUCUCCUCACACUGAGAAAGAAAGGGAGCUGCCAAAGGAUAAAGAAAUUAGUGAUAAAGCUGAGGAUCAUGUUCCAAAAGAUAUGUCAGACAAGUCCAAAGAAAAAAAAGAUGCUCCUCAAGCUGUUGUAAAUGUGAACCAUGACUCUGGAUUUCACCCUCCAAGGAUUGCCUCAGAUGCCCGAGGGAAUGCCACCAAAGCCCUACUGGAGAAUUUUGGCUUUGAGUUAGUAAUUCAGUACAAUGAGAACAAGCAAAAAGCACAAAGAAAGCCAACAGGAUCUCUGUCAGUAUGCAGUGGGCAAGCUGGUAUCACCAGAAUAGUUAAUCCCAUUGAAGGAUUAGAGAAACUGGAGUGUGAGACUUGUGGUAAGCUCUUUUCCAACAUAUUGAUUCUCAAGAGUCAUCAGGAGCAUAUCCACCAGGCUUUCUUUCCAUUCAGAUUCCUAGAGAGAUUUGCCAAAGAGUACAGAGAACAAUAUGACAAGCUGUACCCAUUGAGACCUCAGACACCCGAAGCUGCUCCACCUCCUCCACCACCUCCACCUCCACCCCCACCUCCGCCUCCCCAAAGGGUACCAACACCAAAUAUACCCGUUUCUGCUCCUACCCUGAACCCACCAACUGCUCCAACCCCUCAGCCUUCAGUUCCACUGGCCCAAAUUCCAAUGCCAAUGGAUCUCCCUCUCUUCUCUCCCCUUAUGAUGCAGCCCAUGUCACUCCAGUCAUUACCUUCUCAGAUUCCUGCCCAACUGCCUGCUGUGGAGCCCAGUCUGGCCACUGAUCUGGCCCAGCUCUACCAACAGCAACUUACCCCUGCCAUGUUGCAGCAACAGAAUAAGAGACCCCGCACCCGUAUCACAGAUGACCAGCUAAGGGUGCUCCGCCAAUAUUUCGAUAUCAACAACUCUCCCAACGAGGACCAAAUUAAGGAAAUGGCAGAUAAAUCAGGACUCCCCCAGAAAGUCAUCAAGCACUGGUUCCGCAAUACACUCUUUAAAGAGCGACAACGCAACAAAGACUCACCUUAUAAUUUUAACAACCCUCCAAUUACAACCCUAGAAGAUACCAAAAUUGAUUCAAAGCCACCCUCCCCUGAGCCUCAAAAGCCAGAAUCAUUUGGAAAUAAGAGGUCCUCAAGGACAAGGUUCACAGACUACCAGCUGAGGGUACUGCAGGAUUUCUUUGAUGCUAAUGCUUAUCCUAAAGAUGAUGAAUUUGAGCAGUUAUCCAAUCUUCUGAGCCUUCCAACUCGAGUCAUUGUUGUGUGGUUCCAAAAUGCCAGACAGAAAGCCCGUAAAAAUUAUGAGAACCAGGGAGAUGGAGGAAAAGAAGGUGACCGACGCGAGUUAUCCAAUGACCGAUACAUUCGUACUACCAACUUAAACUAUCAGUGCAAGAAGUGCAGCCUGGUUUUCCAGCGCAUAUUUGACCUUAUUAAACACCAAAAGAAGCUCUGUUACAAAGAUGAGGAGGAAGACUGGCAGUAUGACAGUCUAAAUGAGGACUCUUUGGAUCUCUCUCAUGAAUACUAUACUCUAUCUGGAUCAUCAGGUCAAACACCAAUGCCCUCAUCUUCAAGCCUCUGCCCUCUUCCCCCUUCAUCCACUGCAUUCUCUCACAUCACAUCAUCUGAAAAGGAGGAGCCUACACAGAGUAACACAUCAAACUCUUUUGAUGAAAAAUCAAAGCACUCUUCAGAAGCAUCAUUCGCCCAAAGAGAGCAGACAUCUUUGAAACAGGAAACCAUUCAUCCAUCUGAGACUCCACAGCAGAGACCACAAAGAGAGGAAAAGACACAUACAGUCCCAAAGAAUCCAAAGCUUUCUUCACCUUCCCUGUCCCAACAGCAUAGUGGUCCCUCCAUUUCACAUACCAGUCAGACCACCCAGAGUUCCCACAUGGCCCUUAAUCCUCAUUUAGCCUCUGCCUCACAGCAGCAGUUGGCCCAGCAAAUGAUCCCGUACCAGUGUGAGCAGUGCAAACUUGCCUUCCCUUCAUUUGAACACUGGCAGGAACACCAGCAACUGCAUUUCCUGAGUGUCCAAAAUCAGUUCAUUCAUCCUCAGUUUUUGGAUCGCCCAAUGGACAUGUCCUUCAUGUUGUUUGAUCCUAGCAAUCCUCUGCUUGCUAGCCAGCUCCUUGCAGGAGCAAUACCUCAAAUGUCCAGCAACUCUGCCACCUCCCCAUCAACACCUACAUCCACUAUGAACUCCCUGAAGAGGAAAUUGGAGGAGAAGGCAGGAACUAGUCCAGGAGAAAGUGACAGCAUGAAUAGUGGAGAGGAGCCACAACGAGACAAGCGCCUCCGAACCACUAUUACACCAGAGCAACUAGAGAUUCUGUACCAGAAAUAUUUGCUUGACUCCAAUCCUACUCGUAAAAUGCUUGACCACAUUGCUCAUGAAGUGGGGCUUAAAAAACGAGUGGUACAGGUAUGGUUCCAAAACACAAGAGCCAGAGAAAGAAAAGGUCAGUUUCGGGCUGUUGGGCCAGCUCAAGCCCACCGGCGCUGCCCAUUUUGUCGAGCCCUAUUCAAAGCUAAAACUGCCCUCGAGGCCCAUAUUCGUUCACGCCACUGGCACGAGGCUAAACGUGCUGGUUACAACCUAGCGCUUUCCGGUAUGCUACCUGAACAGGAGGCCAUGCAGUUGAAGAUGGAUCCUCUGGAUAUCUCCAGCUAUGCUCAUCUUGCCCAGUCUAACAAUGAUGUGCAAAGUUCAUCACUGUCACCUGUGAGCAAAAUCAUGGACUUGUCUCCCAGGGCUCUUCUGAGCCCAACAUCUAUCAAGGUUGAGGGAGCAGAGGAGUUUGAAAGCCCAACCAUUUCCUCAGUAAACACAAACUUUGAUCAAAAUAAACUUGAUAAUGAUGAUUGUUCUUCUGUGAAUACAGCCAUCACUGACACUACCACAGGUGAUGAGGCAAAUGUUGACAAUGAUAGUGCUGGUGCAAAGCACAGCCAUAACAGUGGAGAUUUUCUCUCCAAGUCUGGGGGCGCAGUCCCCUCCAUUGAGAACGAUGAACAGAUGUCCUCAGGACUAGUGAGCCCUGCAACAAGCUUCUACACAAAAGACUUUGAAAAUGAAAAUAUGAUAGACUACAGUGAAACAUCUAGCCUGGCUGACCCUUGUUCACCAAGUCCAGGAGCCUCUGGAAGCAGAAGCAUUGAUAGUGGAGACAGGCCUGGUCAAAAGCGCUACCGAACACAGAUGACUAAUCUUCAGCUUAAGGUGCUCAAGUCCUGCUUCAGUGAUUAUAGGACUCCAACCAUGCUGGAGUGUGAGGUACUUGGAAAUGACAUUGGACUUCCAAAGAGAGUUGUUCAGGUCUGGUUUCAAAAUGCUCGUGCUAAGGAAAAGAAAGCUAAGCUCAGCAUGGCUAAGCACUUUGGUAUCAACCAGACUUCUUACGAGGGACCUAAGACAGAAUGCUCUCUGUGUGGUGUUAAAUACAGUGCUCGUCUCUCAGUGCGAGACCACAUCUUUUCCCAGCAACACAUCUACAAAGUAAAGGAUACCAUUGGAAGCCAGCUUGAUAAAGAGAAAGAGUACUUUGAUCCAGCAACGGUUCGUCAGCUGAUGGCACAGCAGGAGAUGGAUCGUAUCAAGAAAGCAAAUGAGGUCCUGGGACUAGCACAACAACAAGCCAUGCAGCAACAAGGGAUGUUUGACACACCUGCCUUGCAAGCCUUGAACCUUCAAUCAGGUUACCCAAAUCUACAGGGAAUCCCCCCUGUUCUCCUGCCAGGUGUUGGUGGUCCCUCCAUACCAGGCUUUAACUCAUCCAACUCAGCUUUAACCUCUCCAAAACCUCCAAACCUCCUGAACAUGCCUGGUGCCAGUGUACCCUCACCUAGUCUCCCCACAUCUGGUUUACCCAACAAGACCCCUUCCUCCUCUUCAUUGGCCUCACCCAGCCAAGCUCAGGCCAGCACAUCUGUCGCCCAUUCUAGCCCUACCCCCACAUCUACAUCAAACUCUUUGAUGACCCAGCCAGGCCCUCGUCAAGAAGCUCCCAAAGAUCGUUAUCCUGAGAGGGCCAGGGUGAAAGAGAAACCCAAAGAGAAGGCUGAGAAGCCCCCCACACCAUCCUCAGCUGGGGGUACUCCUGCUCCCUCCACUUCUGCUGCCAGUGCCAAGAAAGAAAAACCAGACACUGCUGUUCCGGCCACCUCAAUGCCAACACCUGGCAUGGAGUAUGUGGUCGAUACUGCCCAACUUCAAGCUCUACAAGCAGCUUUAGCUUCAGAUCCAACAGCUCUGCUAACAAGUCAGUUCUUGCCCUACUUUAUGCCUGGUUUCUCUCCGUAUUAUGCCCCUCAGAUACCAGGUGUUCUUCAAGGUGGAUAUCUUCAGCCCAUGUAUGGCAUGGAAAGUCUUUUCCCCUACAACCCAGCAUUAUCACAGGCCCUGAUGGGGCUGUCACCAGGAUCUCUGCUUCAACAUUACCAGCAAUAUCAACAGAGCCUGCAGGAGGCACUUCAGCAGCAGCAGCAGCAGCUUCAGCAGAUCCAGCAACCCAAAGCAAGCCAAACUUCAAAAAACUCGGUGUACUGUAAGGACUCUGCCAAAGAUCCAGUAAAAACAGAGGAGCAAAAGAGCACUCCCUCAGUUGAAGCCUCUUCCUCUUCCACUCACAACAACCUUGUCACCGAGCAGCAUGAAGUGGAUGGCAAACGGGCAGACCUCCAUCUUGACCAAUAUAUCAUCCCCAAAGUUCAGUAUCGGCUGGCGUGCCGCAAGUGUCAAGCUGUCUUCAGCAAGGAGGAAGCGGCUAUCAGCCACCUCAAGUCAAUUUGUUUUUUUGGUCAGUCUGUGGCAAACCUGCAAGAGAUGUUGCUUCGGGUCCCCAACAGUGGGAAUGCAGCAGAGGGCGGCCUCUAUGACUGCCUCGCCUGUAACACCACACUAGAAGGGGACAAAGCGCUCAGUCAACACCUGGAUUCAGCCUUGCACAAACACAGAACAAUCAAGAGAUCCAGAAAUGCCAAAGAGCACGCUACUAAUUUAUUACCUCACUCUUCAGCCUUCUUCCCCAAUCCUAACACCGCAUCUACCUCGCAGUCUGCCACUCACUCAAACAACACCCCAUCCCCUCCGCCAACAACGUCAGCCACCACACCAUCCUCAUCAGCAUCUGCAUCUUCAUGCACCUCCUCCUCCUUCACAGUCACUCCACUCAACACAACAGCUACAGGCAAAUCAUGGUCCCAGACCCCUUUAUCCAGAGCUUUAGCUGGGAAGCCCAAUCCCUCUUCGUCUGCAUUAUCUUCUUUUCCUCCAGUUUCCUCUCCUUCAACGGUUACCUCAAGUUCAUUGAGCACCUCAGGGCUAAAUCUCUUUGUCACAAGGGGUUUCUCACCUUUGGUUGGUGCAGCAUUGACCAAAAUCGAAGAGAAAUCUGGGAGUUCUAAGAAACAGGAAGUUGAAGAGGUACCUCUGCAGUUCCUCUUUGCUCUUCCAUACCCCCUACUGUCUGGACUCGAGGAGUUCAAGGAGUGUAAGGAUGCUGAGAUGGGCUUCAGCAUCCCCGACUGA